AUGGCAGAGAAACGCUCCAACCUUCCCAAGAAGGUGGAAGAAUGCGCUGGUGGUGCCCCACCACAGCAAGGUAAUGAGAUGGAGCAGCUCCAGCUGCUGCAGAAGGAUGCAGGGAGGGACCCGACAAAAGAGCAGAACUCUGCGCGUAGCAGCUGGUGCUUUAUAGGCCAGAUGUUUACGAACAAAGGCGCUUGGUGUCGAGACAUGAUCACCAUGUUGACCAAGCGUGAGGCAAAGCCUGACCCCGCACCCACUCAGAGCAUAGCUCCUGCUCCCAGCAUGGAUUCUUUUGGAGACAGGAUUGUCUCCAGUCCAGAUCAAGUGCCAGGUUUUGUUAGGUACACGCAUCAGAGGCUCAUGUCCAGUGAGGCUCCAGACGACAGGCUGUUCAUGGACAUCCUGAGGCUGACUGAUGCCCACCCCACUGAUGUGGCAGUGACCCUCCUGCGCUGUGCCCCAUCGUGUGAUAGGUUUGCAAUGCAGACUUUAAGGGCGCUGUUCCACCAUCUGCAGUGUGUGCAUUUAGUGGUUGCAAUGGAACGCAAGUGUGGUUGGGACACCCUUCUCUGUGUUGACACCCACCACUAUGCUGUGGGUCUGCUGGCCAGAGAGAUGCGCCGUGUCUCCAUCCCCUUGUGUUCGUGCAUUGCACUCCGCCUGCUCAGGCUGCUCAACCAGGAGGAACCACGCUGGGAACUUGCUGCUAUGGCGUUCCUUGUGGAGGUCCUGGAGUGCCUGGACUUGAAUGAACGGGGUGAAAACCUCCUGGAGAUCAUGACAAAGCACCUGAAGAGCGAGUCCAAGGAGGAGUGUCACCUGGCACUCAGAGGCCUCGUGGUGCUCAGCCAAGAUCCCUUGAUGACCAAAAAAAUGUGCAGCCUGUCUGCAAGCUUGGUGCAGCUAUUGAAGAAUGCAGAUGGAGAGGACAUCAGGUUGACCCUCACUGUGUUCAAGAACAUGCUCCUGAAAAAAGAUAUUCUAGUAUCCAGCCCCACGGCCCCGAAACUGGCUGAGGCUCUCCGGCCCCUCUUUGACAAUGACAACAGCCACAUACAGCUGCUCUCCAUUCAACUCUACCAAGAAGUGAUGGAAUUGGUAGUGGAAGAGGGAAAAAAGCCCUUGAAGGUGUUGGUGAGCGAGAGCCUGCUGCCGCUCUUCUUCUAUUGCCAUAGUGAGAACAGGCGUGUGGCAGAGUCUGCUCGGGAAACACUGCUUGCAGCACUAAGCUUCCUGAAUAGGAAGGAUCUCAAGCACCUGCUAAAGACAGAGGACCCAUGGAGCUUUGGCGAGCGUGUGCUGGCAGAGGACAGGAGCCAAGCGGGCAAGCACCUGCGGCAGGCUCUGCCAUACCUGGAGAGCCCAGAGGAGCCCGUGCGAGAGGCAGCCAUCAGGUCCAUUGGGAUUGCCAGCAUGCUGAUGAAGGGGCAGCAGGAAGAGCUGGAGAUCAUCUGUGAGGCCCUUCAAGCCCUUAGCCAAGAUGAGAGCCCCUCCAAGAGAAAUCUGAUAGUUCAAGUCAUGUUGGAUGAAAGAGCUGCAUCCUUAAAUUCAUCUUCUGCAUCAAGACAACCAGGACAGCACCAGAUCCCAAGCAAGAGGAGACAACCCGGAGCUCCAGGCACAGCUGAUGCUGGGCACUCCUGAGCUUGCCUGGAAGCUUGGGUAGCUCCUGGCCUCCUUCCCUCUUUACUGAUCCCUCCCUCCAGCCCUCAGA